GAAAUGGUCUGUUGCAAUCCCGGCCUUCCCCAUCGUCCAGUUUUGGGACUGUCCUGUUUCUCCUAUGACGAAGGGCACUGCGUGUAUGGUGGAUCGAGGCGCAGUUUAAGAUGCAGUGGCUCCUGUCCUUCCUCCUAUUCCUGCUGUCUGGUCUCAUCGUCCCUGCAAGUACUGCUUGGACCAGUGAAGAGCCCAUCGACCAUCAGUAUGCCCGACUCGGGGCCACCACUGUGGUCUUGCCUUGCCCUGUUCCUGAAGGCGGAUCCCGGGUGGCAUGGAAAACCCAUAUGAGCUCAGAGACCGCUUUGAAUGGGGUGCAACCAGACGGCAGCCUCGUCUUGCAGAAUGCCAGUUUGGCCCAGGAAGGGGAAUACAGCUGCCAAGAUGCCAGCACUGGGCAGACUCUGCGAAGGAUUCGUCUCCGGCUGGGCUAUCCUCCCAAGAAACCAUCGAUCCAUUGCAGGUCCAUCAGCUACCCGGUGGUCAAUUGCUCCUGGACUUUGGAAUCUGACACCCUUCUGCCCACAUCUUUCUUUGCCAGCUACAGGCACGGCUUAAUGGGAGACGUCCAUCAGUGCAAACAGCCCGUGGCAGAGAGCCACAGUUGCAGCUUGGCCGGCUUGCAGAUGUUCUCCACCGAUCCCUACAUGCUCAACGUGACAGCUGUGAAUCCAUUGGGAUCAGCAAGUGAUUACUUUCUAAUCUUCCUGGAUCAGAUCAUCCAGCCAGACCCUCCAGAAAAUGUAAUGGUCUCCCCAGUCCAAGGGAAGAAAAAAACGUUGCUUGUACAAUGGAAGCCUCCUAGUUCCUGGUUAUACCCUGAAUAUUUUCCCCUGCAAUAUAUCAUCCGCUAUUCGAGGGAUGGAUCAAGGUUUAGCAGAACGACCAGGCCUAUCGAGCAGACUUCCUUUACCCUCACCGGGAUCCGUUCUGGCGUAACCUACUACAUCCAAGUAGCCGCGAAAGACUUCCUGGACAAUGGGGAAUACAGUGCCUGGAGUCUUCCCGCCUCUGGGGCAUCCUGGCAGCCGGACUGAGGGCCACGGAGGAUGGAUUUUGUAAUAUUUGAAAGAUGGUAUUUGUAGUACUGAUGCACUGGCUAAUUAGCAUAGGUUUUCUUGUGUUAUAAAUUGGCUUUUUCCAUUGUAUUGCUAAUAAUUCUCCAUAAACCUUAACCUUCAAGAAAAAGCCUGGCUUUCAGAAACCAGGACUGGUAGAUAACCGUUUUGUUUUUAGCUGUUCUCAAGCCUUUGUGAGCAAAGAAAAUAGUCAAGCCCAACCUUGGGAAAUGCUGAGAAUGGAUUCUUACCCAAACCCAUUUUUAUGUUUGCCUAUAGAUAAGACCAUAUAGAGAUAAAUUUUCAUCAUGAUGAUCUCCCGCCUUAUCUUGUCCUUCUGGUU